GCAUUGUGAAUGUGCGUGCGGCAGCAGUGGAGCCGGAAGGGGGAGCUGCGAUUCCGUCCCCGCCUUCACGCUACAGGACAGCCCGGGGUCUCGCGCUGUCACAGCAGGCCUACUUCCGCCCGCACUAUCGCAAACAUCAUUAUUAAAAAAAAUAACAUUUACAGCCUUCCAAGCCGUCCAAGCAGCGCGUUUGUGUAUUUUUCAAUACGGUAGGACAUAUUUGCAUUCGGCCGCAGCGGGGUUUUAACCGUUUCAUUUAUGUGUGUAGCAGAAUAAGCACACGUCACGACAUAAAUCGCACUUAAAUAAAGACAAAUGUGUUUGAGUGCAAAAAUAACGAGAUAUAGCGAAGCAAACGGACCUCACAUGUGCACGGUCAGAUUUAGUUGAGCUUUAGUGGGGUUUUUGUUUUUUGAACGGCGUGUUUUGGCGGAAAUUGCUUUGGCUUUUAUUUAAGGUAGCAUGGGAGGAUUAGCACGCGAGCUCACGCUAGCCAUUCAACUGCGCGCGCGUUGCCGCAUUUACAAUGGGAAUAACAGCUAAUGUCACAUAGCAGCAUUUCAUAAAUAUAUUUUGAUGCCGUAAUCCAAGUUCUUUCACAUUUUUUGUAGUUUCGAAGUUUCAUUUGACAAAGGGUAGCGAGUUAGCAUCGAUGCUAGCAUAUUUUCUAGGCAAAAGCACUGACUGAAUGGUCCAGAAUGCGAUUGACCAUAAACAGAGCUAGUUUACAGUCACAUCUUAAUUAUCCUCAUGUCUCCGGAUUCAAAAAGGCUCCUGUGCAGGGUGGAUUGACCUGUCAUGAAUGAGCCCAUUGAAGGCGGUGCGAUCUCGUUCGACGAGUAUGUGCGGCAAAAGGCACGCACUAUACCUCAGCACCGCAUGAAAGAGUUUCUGGAGUCGCUGGCCUCCAAAGGCCCAGAGGUGCUGCAGGAGUUCAGUCAGCAGACCACCGGCACCACCACCACUAUGGUGUACCAGCAGGGUGCCAACUGCAUCUACACUGACAGCACAGAGGUGGCAGGGUCAUUGUUGGAGCUGGCAUGUCCGGUGCAGGUGACGUCUACACAGAUCUCCCCCCAGCUGGCUGCAGCUGUGCAUCAAGCAUCUGAACAGCAGAUCCAAGUACAGGUGCAGAUCCAGGGUGAGCAGGGUCAGGUGCUUCAGGUGGCGUCUCCCACCCAUCAGCAGCUACAAGGAAUUACCACAACACAGCUGGUACAACAGGGAGAACUUACAGAGGAACAACACCAACAGAUCCAGGCCCAGCUAGUGGCAGCGGUUGCCGGAGGCCAGCAGAUUCAAAUUCAGACUGUGGAGGCUCUGUCCCCGCCUCAGCAGCAGGGCUCCCCCAGGGAGGUGGAUAGACGAUCUGGAGCCUCACCUGCUGUCCUCCAGCCUGCGAAGAAACGCAAGGUGGACGUUCCGACAGUCGUGUCCUACUCGCUUCCUCAAGGGCAGCAGCUGGCUACUGUACUGGCCAUCCCACAGGGCCAACAGCAGGGCUACUUGUCACUUCGACCAGAUCUGCUGACCGUUGACAGCACUCAUCUCUACAGUACCACCGGUACCAUCACAGGCCCAGCCGGUGAGACCUGGACCAUACCCGUGUACUCGAGUCCACAGCAGCAAGGCGUGGCCCACAUUGCCAUACCUCAGGAGGCCUACAGCACCGUGCAGGUACAGGCCUCGCAUACUGAUAAAGACAAAGACAAGAUGAUAAUUGGUGCGUCUCAGGCUGGCGGAGCAGUGGCCGUUCCAGUGUCUGGCUCGGGAUUGACCACUCAGGAGGAAGUUGUACAUUCGCUGUUCCCAGCGCAGUUUAUGAAUGGAAACAUUCACAUCCCUGUAGCAGUGCAGACUGUAGGGGGCACUUACUCUGGGACAACGCAGGCCCUUCAUAUAUGGGAUCCGCAGCAACAGCAUCAGCACAUACAGGAUGGGGAGGCUCAGGAACAACAGCUCCACCUACAGGCACAGUCAGAGUCGGAGCCACAAGUGGAACCUCCUCCUGAGCUGAUCCUCCCCAACACGCUGAAGCCUGAGGAAGGACUGGAGGUGUGGAGGCUUUGGGUUCAGCGCAAAAAUGCUGAACUAGACAAGAAUGAACAAAAUAAGCUGGCACCUAUUGGACGUCGACAGCCACUGCGCUUCCAGGAUGAUCUUGUCUCAAGUUCAGUGGGCGAGUUGAACUUGGCUCUGUCUCUGAUGACCCAAGAGUCUCGUGGGCUGGAGGGGGAGCCGUUUGAGCCCGAUUCACUAUACUAUGUAUUUUUAUGUAUACAGAAAUACAUGUUUGAGAAUGGUAGGGUAGACGACAUCUUCUCUGAUCAGUACUACAGCCGGUUUUGUCAGUGUUUACACAAAAUUCUCGAGGAGUGGAGGCCUAGUGUUCACCCUCUUGGCUAUAUUAUCCCAAGUCAUGUGACAGAGGAGAUGCUAUGGGAGUGUAAGCAGCUGGGAGCUCAUUCUCCAUCCACUCUCCUUACUACACUGAUGUACUUCAACACCAAGUACUUCCACUUGACCACAGUUGAGCAGCAUCUGAAAGUGGCCUUCUCCAAAGUGCUCAGACACACCAAGAAGAACCCCACCAACCCUAAAGACAAGAGCACCAGCAUCCGCUACCUGAAAGGAGUCGGUCCCCAUCAUGUUGGACAGAAAGUGACAGAUGACAUGUACGCAGAACAGGCUGAGGACCCAGAGAACCCGCUGCGUUGUCCUAUCAAGCUCUAUGACUUUUACCUCUUUAAAUGCCCUCAGACUGCCAAGGGCCGUAAUGACACGUAUUACCUGACACCAGAGCCGGUUGUGGCACCAAACAGCCCUAUUUGGUACUCCACUCAGCCAAUCACGAGCGAGCAACUGGAGCACAUGCUAACACGCAUCAUGAUGGUGCGGGAAAUCCAGGAGAUAAUCUCCAUUGCGCAGGCCAAUGUACACUGAGAGAAGAAGAGGGCCAACGAAAGAAAUCAAGAUGGAACGAGAGAAAACGGCUUUCUCCAGCCUGCCAUCAUCCUCUCCUUUCUCAAAGAGACUGAAUCAAGUUGCCUCUGCAGCCUCUCCUUAUAUUCGUUCAUGAUUAAAAGGAAAAGGUGAGGUCCAAGAGGGGUUUCAAUGAACUGGACAUACGUACGGGCCUUUUUUGUUUUAGAUACAGGAACCUAUUUCUGUUUGUUCGCCUAAUGACCAUUGAAACGUAUUUCCCUUGAUGUGUGCAUUUUCUCUUUCUGCCAUGUAUGUUACGCUCCAUAGUACCUCUUCCCUCUGUCCUCUCUGUUUAAUUUCUGAGCUGUAAGGAUCUGGUGGUUUUUUGAGACCACAGGCUAGACUGAAGUCAUUUUCGGCAGUGGACUGGAAUAUACUAUGUGAUUGUCAGGUGAAUUCACAUUUAAAAACAUUGGCUCAUCAAUCUGUAACGCCUAACACAACCCCCGCUCACCCUCAGGAGCUUGCAGUAGCAGAGUUCACGUACCUGAGGAGUGUAUUAUACAUGAAGACUUUUUGGUUCUGUUUUUAUUUUUUUUAUAUAUAUACAUGCAUCUAUGGUAACCUGAUAUGUAUUGAUAUUAUAGUGGUGCUGGAGAAUUGAAGCCUGUCUUUUCAAACAUGCUUUUUUGUACAGUGAA